AUGACCUGUGACGCUUCACAGUACGGGCUGGGCGCAGUGAUAUCGCAGGAAGUAACUAAAGGAGUGUGGCGACCAAUAGAGUUUGCUUCAAGGACUUUGACAAGCACGGAACAAAACUACUCACAAAUCGAAAGAGAGGCACUCGCGAUAGUGUUUGCUGUGAAAAAGUUUCACAAGUACCUCUUCGGGAAAAAGUUCUCCCUCAUAACAUAUCACUACCCGCUGACAUCGCUUCUAAAAUUAGGACACAAGUCAACCGGCGUGGCCGCCCCGCGGAUUGAACGUUGGCGACUUCUACUUGCCGUGUAUAACUAUGAUAUUGUGUACAAGAAAGGAAGUCACAUCGAAGAUGCCGACACGUUAUCGAGACUCCCACUUCCGACAAUACCGGAAGAAGACACCUUGAGGUAUUUCUCGCCGUUGCAACAGGUUCCUCUCAAUAAUUGGUCGGUACAACAAGAAACCAGUCAGGAUCCUGUAUUGCCAAGAGUCAUCGAAAUUACGAAAAGGGGAUGGCCAAAGAAGGUGGACGAUCGAGCGCUGCAACCUUACUUUCAAAGACGGGACUUCCUUUCUACAGACCACGACUGUCUGGUGUGGGGAGCGAGGGUGGUAAUACCACAUAGCCUGCGUGACGUAGUCGUUGGGCGUCUGCACGAAGGCCAUCCGGGAAUGGUGAAAAUGAAGAUGUUGAGUAGACAAAACGUAUGGUGGCCUGGUUUGGAUACCCACGUUGAAAAUGUUGUUCGUAACUGUCAUGUGAGCCAGUGUGUUCAGAACAGUGCGCCCCUUCCACCAUUACAGCCGUGGCCGUUUUCGAUCCGAGUAUUUCAGAGAGUGCAUCUAGACUUCGCUCAAAAAGAUGGGACGUAUUUCUUGAUUGUCGUUGAUGACUAUUCCAAAUGGAUGGAGGUGAUCAUGAUGCCCACGACAACAGCUCAGAGGACAGUCGAAGAACUGCGAACCAUUUUUGCCCAAUUCGGAUUGCUAGAAGAAGCCGUAACGGACAAUGGUCCCCAAUUCGUGUCCGAAGAAUUUCGUAACUUCAUGGAAGAGAAUGGGGUCAUCCACACGACAACACCGCCAUAA